GGGCUACUUUUAUUGAGUGUGGAGGAACAGGGUGCGUCUUUUGUCUUCACAGCGAUGCACGUCUGGAUUCAAGCGAGGUCCCCAAACCUUGGCGGCGGGUGAUGGUCCCGCCCCGGGUGUCUGAGAAGGGGUCGCGGGGCGGGACCGGGGGCUUGUGGGCAUGGCCCACCGAGGCUGCCUGGGGCCCCGACCAGGCUCCGCGGCUCCCGGGUCCGUGCGCGCGCUCCCGCGCCGCAGCCGGCUUUCCCACGUUACUGACUCGGUCGCUGUCCGGGUGCCUACGCGCGGCGACCAGAGGCGCACAUCUGCCGGGGGCCCGCGGCCCGCCCCCGAGGAGCGGAGCCCACGCCCAGAGCCUCCCUCCGCCAGCCCGGCGCAGUGCAGCAGAGCGCGCUCUCGCUCGGGGCCGGCCCGGCUCGCGCGCUCGCGCGCACGCGCGCAGGGACCCGCGCCCUCCGAGAGGGAGGGGGUAGAGGGGGCGUCCGGGGGGCAGGGGAAGGAGAGGGCGGCGUUGGCGUCGCCUCCGGCCGGGCUCGCGCUCGCCCUCCCGCACGCCCUCCGCCUCACCCGAGCCCCGCGAGGGUGAAACGCUUUCUCCCGGCAUGCAGCGGGAGGAGGGAUUUAACACCAAGAUGGCGGACGGCCCGGAUGAGUACGAUACCGAAGCGGGCUGCGUGCCUCUUCUCCACCCAGAGGAAAUCAAACCACAGAGUCAUUAUAACCAUGGAUAUGGUGAACCUCUUGGACGGAAAACUCAUAUUGAUGAUUACAGCACAUGGGACAUAGUCAAGGCUACACAGUAUGGAAUAUAUGAACGUUGCCGAGAAUUGGUGGAAGCAGGUUACGAUGUGCGGCAACCAGACAAAGAAAAUGUUACACUCCUCCAUUGGGCUGCUAUCAAUAAUAGAAUAGAUUUAGUCAAAUACUUCAUUUCGAAAGGUGCUAUUGUGGAUCAGCUUGGAGGCGACCUAAAUUCAACUCCAUUGCAUUGGGCCACAAGACAAGGCCAUCUAUCUAUGGUUGUGCAACUAAUGAAAUAUGGUGCGGAUCCUUCAUUAAUUGAUGGAGAAGGAUGUAGCUGUAUUCACCUAGCUGCUCAGUUUGGACAUACCUCAAUUGUUGCAUAUCUCAUUGCAAAAGGACAGGAUGUAGAUAUGAUGGAUCAGAAUGGAAUGACACCUUUAAUGUGGGCAGCUUAUAGAACACAUAGUGUGGAUCCAACUAGAUUGCUUUUAACAUUCAAUGUUUCAGUUAACCUUGGUGACAAGUAUCACAAAAACACUGCUUUGCAUUGGGCAGUACUAGCAGGGAAUACCACAGUCAUUAGUCUUCUUCUGGAAGCUGGAGCUAAUGUUGAUGCCCAGAAUAUCAAGGGUGAAUCAGCACUGGAUUUGGCAAAGCAGAGAAAAAAUGUCUGGAUGAUCAACCAUUUGCAAGAGGCAAGGCAAGCAAAAGGAUAUGAUAAUCCAUCUUUCCUUAGAAAGCUGAAAGCUGAUAAGGAAUUUCGGCAGAAAGUAAUGCUAGGAACUCCUUUCCUCGUUAUUUGGCUGGUUGGGUUUAUAGCAGACCUAAAUAUUGAUUCUUGGCUCAUUAAAGGGCUUAUGUAUGGUGGUGUUUGGGCUACAGUACAGUUUCUUUCAAAAUCCUUUUUUGAUCAUUCAAUGCAUAGUGCAUUGCCCCUUGGAAUAUAUUUGGCAACCAAAUUCUGGAUGUAUGUGACAUGGUUCUUCUGGUUUUGGAAUGAUCUCAACUUUUUAUUUAUCCAUCUUCCAUUCCUUGCCAAUAGUGUUGCACUUUUCUACAAUUUUGGGAAAUCUUGGAAAUCAGAUCCAGGGAUAAUUAAAGCUACAGAAGAACAAAAGAAAAAGACAAUAGUUGAACUUGCAGAGACAGGAAGUCUGGACCUCAGUAUAUUCUGCAGUACCUGUUUGAUACGGAAACCAGUGAGGUCCAAACAUUGUGGUGUAUGCAACCGCUGUAUAGCAAAAUUUGAUCACCAUUGCCCAUGGGUGGGUAACUGUGUAGGUGCAGGCAACCAUAGAUACUUUAUGGGCUACCUGUUCUUCUUACUUUUUAUGAUCUGCUGGAUGAUUUAUGGUUGUAUUUCUUACUGGGGACUCCACUGUGAGACCACUUACACCAAGGAUGGAUUUUGGACAUAUAUUACUCAAAUUGCCACAUGUUCACCUUGGAUGUUUUGGAUGUUUCUGAACAGUGUUUUUCAUUUCAUGUGGGUGGCUGUAUUACUCAUGUGUCAGAUGUACCAGAUAUCGUGUUUAGGUAUUACUACAAAUGAAAGAAUGAAUGCGAGAAGAUACAAGCACUUUAAAGUCACAACAACAUCUAUUGAAAGCCCAUUCAACCAUGGAUGUAUAAGGAAUAUUAUAGACUUCUUUGAAUUUCGAUGCUGUGGCCUCUUUCGUCCUGUUAUCGUGGACUGGACCAGGCAGUAUACAAUAGAAUAUGACCAAAUAUCAGGAUCUGGGUACCAGCUUGUGUAGCGACGUCUUUAUCUUAUGAAGCGUAUUGCUAAGUGGUGCCUGAAAAUUGUGUCUGUCCGUGUCUCUCUCACACUCGAAUCCACAUCCUUUGAACAGUAGCAUGCUAUAUGUAGGGCUAACCGUGAAUUUUACAGUCUUUUUUUCAACACUUUUAUUAACAAAAGUAAACAUGGACAGAACACACUGCCAGUCCCAGGAAGAGUAAAGAUCUUAAAAGAAUUUUAAUGGUUCUUAAUGUGGGAAUUCACAACAUACUCAACUUUUUGGUUUUGUUCUCAUAACAUUUUUCACAAAAAAGAGUGAACUUAUUCUGUUGACAGAUAACUAAUCAGAAAUGUUUGAGUCUUGCUAAAACUAAUUUAUGGUAUACAGCUAAACUUUAUGGUACAAUCUACUAAUAGUAUUGCAUUUAAUUUCACAAGAAUUAUCUUAAAUUGAUUCAGACUAGUAUUAUGUACGUUUCAGAAUGUACAUGUAAAUACUGUGAUGAAAAUCAUGUGGUUUUAUUAGGGAUCUUCUCUAAUGUGUCUUCAAAGGCACAAGAAAAUAAUGUUCACCAAAAAAAAAUGUGCUAACAAUAUUAUAUUGCUCUCAGCUGUUACAGUGCCGGUAUAUUUCUGGUUUAGUGAAAUAAUUUGUAGUAACCUUGCUCUGAGAUUUUACGGUCUGAUAACAAAACACUUGCAUGAGUAUAGUAAGUCAUGCUAUUUUGUUCAAUUUUAAAAGCCCUACUAAGUGCAUGAUACACCUCAUACAAUGUAUACUAUCACACACUAUCCAGGAAAGCAUAAAUUAGAAUUUAAUUUGAUGUGCAAACAGUCUCAUUAUUAACAGUUAAGGUGUUUUCAAGAAAAGGCAGAAUAAGUUAAUGUAAAAUUCUCAGUAACAGAGAAAUGAAUAUACUUUUUAAAUUCUGAGCUGUAAAAUAAAGACUAAAUGAAGGAGUUUAGCUAACGAUGGAGCAUGAUCCCUGUAUAUAGCACAUCUGAAUAAAAGAAAAGCUCAUACUAUAUUCUAGUUUUAAAAAUAUGACCUAUCAGAAAGAAUUUAAUUCCCAAGUUUAAUUUUUCAAUAUUGAAUGUUUUUAAAUCUGUUAAUGCCGUUAUCUGAAUUUCAAAAAGAUUUUAUUGUUAAACGUGAUAAUGCACUGAUCAAUUUUUGUUGCAGCAUAUUCAUACUCAUGGUGGUCUAUCAGUCACUGCUUCCAUAAAUAUUGUUUACAGAGUGAGACUUGACUUAGUCCUCUUAAGUGCUGUAGCAAACUGUGGUUCGAGCAACCUGUGGGAAACCGUGAGAGGGAAUGGGCUGGGGGAGGGCGGGAAAAGUGUGGUCGGACUGAUGACAGAUCCUAGGCCAGUGUAAAGAUUGUGUAUCUGUAUAUAAAUAAUUUAUCAAAUAGUUUUCUGUGUCUGUAUGUGUUAGUGUGUUUAAAGCUGCUCAUUUCAUUUUUUCCAACCAAAAGAAAAGGGAGAUAACUAAUGAGCUUCUAGUGAUAUUCAAUAUUGCUGUUAAUAGGCAUUUUACUCUGCAAGUUCACUGCAUGUCUGAUGCUUGGUAAAAUUAGUAUUCCCUUUAAAAUGCAGAUUACAGGUAUUAAAGCAAUCUAGUGGUAUACUCGCCCCUUGCCUUAGUAAGAGGAGCAGUGAAAAUGUACAUAGUUGAUGUUCAGUAUUUCCAAGUACCAUUUUUAUAUAGUAGUUCCUUUGACCAUAAGUCGCACAUCAGAAAGAUUACCCUUAGUAUAUGUGUUUUAAUAUUAGAAAAUUGGCAUACAUACUUUAUAUUUGAAAAGGGGAAGAGAUGGGUGUGGGGUGGCAUUAGCAUUGUGCCAUUUGUCAGAGUGUGAAUGAAAAAACUGGUUAACUUUACAAAUGUCUCUGCUAGUUUUGACUACUAAUUGAGGCAAACUUUACAUAAUUUUUAAAUUCACAAUUAUUUAUAAAAGCCUAGAAUUUGUUUUAAUUUUUUUGUAUUUUGAGCCACUUCACAUGAAGACUCAGUUGCAAUUUUUAUUGAAUACAUUUUUAUUAACAGUCAAAUACUAUGGUGGUUUUCUAGUUUGGGUAAGAGUGUUGUUACCAUGUUCUUUGUGGUGCAAUAUUCUUUUCAGUGCAAAAGAGAUGUCUUUCAGUUAAAUAGAAAAAAAAAAAACCCUCUACAUUAUAAUAACAUGGGAAAUAUUAGCAAUGUUAAUGCUUUAGUACUAACCAUCUCCAAGUACUAGUGAAAGCUGUGACUCGGAAAUGGUCAGUGGUCAGGAGCCAGCCGUGCAGCGGCGCACCCUCUGAGGAAGAACUUCGUGGGUGUUGUGUAUGGAACCAGCUUAACCCUGCUUGAAACGUGUGUGAAGGUGAGCCUCUGGGAAGUAGUUCCUGUCAGUUUAAUUGGACACCUUUAACAAACAGGGACUUACUUUUCAGCUCCGAAACAGGAACUUUUUCUUCGGAGUUUCUUUUUUUUCCCCUUCAUAUUUUUGUUGUUCCCAGGAAUUUUUUUGAAAUAUUAGUAAGAAUAAAAUAGCAUCAUUAUGCUUAAGCCAUCAAUAUUUUUAUUUUAUAUUUCCUUUAUUUAUAACUGUGCCAAGUAUUAUUUUGCUACUUACCGUGUUACUCUGUGCAAAGAAGAACCUGUAAAGUGUUUAAUAAAUUAGCUCUCCUUACAUAAAUUAAAUGUCAAAAUUUUGUAAAAUAUUAAUCAGAAUAAAUAUUGACUCUUAGGUGUG